AUGUCUUCUCCGGAGUCCUUCCAACCCGAUCCUCCCAGGAAUUUUGUACGCUCAGCCAGCUUUACCUACCUUCCGGCGUUGGAAACCGAGCACUCCGACUCUUCCACAAUCAAACGGACCUUCUCUGAACACAUCAUUUCUCUCCCUUCUGAUCCUAAAGUCAAGGUCAACGACAGUACGCACUCGGCAAAUCUGGAACUGUUCCGCCGGGUCUCUAGGAAAGCAAAGAGGAAGAUGUUGGCUAGUGCUCGUUUCUCCUUGUCACCGGACGACGAUGAGCCUCUGCCGCGUGAGCCGAGUAACACCAGUGGUGAUAAGGAUGGACAGUCAAGAAGUCUUAGCAGAUCUGUCGCUGGAACUCUUCGCACUAUCGCUCGGAAGUCAUGGGCUGCCUCUUCAUCAAGGUCCUCGUCUCCGUCGCGCCCAGAGAGCGGUACUGCAGAGAGAAAGCGAAGUUGGUCACCUAGUAAGCGGAAAAUUGUCAAUGCUGCAAACUCGGUCACAGUCCCCGAACCGGCAGCGUCAAGUCCUCCGCUACGUUCGUCCCCCGAAGAAGACGGAUCCAAAGUAGAGGGUGCGAUACAAACCCCAGGCAUGGACAGACAGGGCCCAACUCCAACACCUGUGCAGAGGCCACUAUCCGUCAUACAAUCCAAGAACAAGAGCGACCCGAAUCUCAAACGCAUGUCACGGAACUCUUCAGCGACUUCUUUGCGGAGUUUUGCGUCGAACGAAAGAUCUCAAUCGAGGCUCUCGCUGAACAAAAUCCCUCCCCUACCAUCUUCACUUUCAGCCGAUCGAUUGGCUGCCCUCAACACUGAAGUGCCACGAAGAAAAGACCCUCUAUGGACCGCCUUCAGGACCCUCGACGGCGAGUACAGCGGGUUUCAAGCGAAAUCAAGCCUUCAGAAGGCCAAGGUACUUCGAUUAACUUUGAUUCCGUUUCUUGUCAAGCACGAGCACCAUCCAUCCCACAAGUCUCUCCGAGCCGAGGAUCUGGACCGACGAGCUGUUAUUCUGAACAAGUGGUGGACCGGAUUGCUGGAGAUGCUUCAUGGAGCAAAUAAUCAGUCGAUCUCUGGCACAGACAGGCCUGCAUUCCUAGAGUCCGCUACCAGGAUUAUGGUUAGGCCGGAGUGGAGAAUACCAGGCUUCGCCUCGAUUCUGGGAGAGAGUUCCCAACGCCAUUCGAUCCCCAAAUCGAAGUCGACCAACUCCCUUGAAUCGGAAGAAGCAGACUUUUUGAUCGAUUCGGUCCAUCAAAACGUGCGUAACAUCUUCGUCCAGAAUUUACUUUCUCAGAUGGAAUUCGUGACCGGUAUCUUGUCGUUGCGAACCGCUCCUCAGAGUCUGGUUACGUUUGCCGGAAAAGCAUGUGCUUAUGCCUUCUUCUUUUGUCCGGGCGUGGCGGAUAUGCUGGUUCGGCUGUGGUGCCUUCCGUCAAGCGCUUUAAGACGCAUGUUCAGACAGUUCGGCGUUGAGAACGGAGAAAAGCUUGAUUUGAUCUCAAGUGCGUUGGCAAGGAAUUUCCCACCACCAGUCCGCAGCCUCUGUGUGGGAUCUCAAGCUUCCUUUGCGCGCCGGCUGCAGCAACGGGGGCCAAUUCCCCCAGGCUCGGAAAGGAUUCAUUGGUUUCAACCAUGGGUUGCUAGAUGGUCUGGCCACAACAGUGACUUGUUCUUUGUCUUCACCAAGCAGUAUCAUAUGCUGGUUUCCGAAUUCCUGACUGAAGAAACUUCGUUGAAGGACCGCGCGGCUAUUCCUGGUCUAGUCCCGGUCUGUGCGCAAAUGUUGCUGAUUUUGGAGACGACGAUCUACCGACAAGCCGGCCAACUCGGAGUUGAGAGCUAUGCCACUGGCACUGGAUCCAAUAUGGACAACCCUGACGCCUUGGCACCGCUGCCCAUGACGAUCGCGAAUGCCACCCGCUCGAUUGCUGAAAACCGCUUGAUAAUGUUACUGAGAGAUGUCAUGGGAGAUCUCGAUCCUGAACAUUCGCUUCUACGCAACCUUUUUCUGACCUCGUUCGACAGUGUCACCAAGGCAGCCACUGUCAAAAUCUCUCUGUACAACAACGACGCAUGUUUUGUGAUUUGCGAUUUUAUGGAAGAAGUUCUUCCGAUCAUGUUCCGUUACCACCAGACAUACAUUGAUACCCCAGUGCUCGACUGGCCUUUCUGGCUAGACGUCUGCAAGCAGAUGUUGCAGAGUCAAACCACCCUCACCCAGAUACGAGCGAUCGCAUUCUUGUACAGUACUUGGUCCAUUCUAAUACAUAAUGAAGGACGGAAGCGUCAAUUGAUUCUAGAGUGGCUACUGGACGGGAACACCUUUGAAAGGCUCUUUUGCCACUGGUCGCCCAUGGUACGGCAUUACUUUUACCGCCUGCUCUGCUGGAAGGUGGCGCGACACGAUGGGCAGGUGUCAGACCUCGACCUGGAAAUCUUGCAGACAUUGGCAACGAGAUUGAAUAAAUGUUGGGCCCAUUAUCAAUAUCUUGCUGCGGAAGCGGAGAUGCGAGGGGUUGUGCCACCAUCAUCAGCGCCUUGUUCCCCUGCACCUAGCCGUGUCCUCAUCAUCAUGCGCACUGACAGCCAACCAAUUCUGACACCUUCCAAAGCAAAUUUCGAGAGAUAUCUACCACCCUCGAUCGUCACCCAGGGCUCGCCCUAUCAAAACCAUUCGUCAAUUCUCAGCACAAUCCCGGCGGCAGACUCACCGGCUCAAGGAAAUAGGAAGCGAUGGAGCUUGUUCCGCGGCCUCAACGUCUUUGGCACCCCAGGCAACAGCCGGCCAGGAGAAGUCACUCCGCCUGGUAGUCCGGACGAUCACAGCGUCUCCACGGCCCGUGAGACUCCCGGGCCGAACAGUGCCAUCACCGCGCCAGAGCGACCGGCUACGCCUCCCCAUCAAGCAUUCUCAUUCAAGUUCUCCCUGGAAUUCAUUCAAGGCCGAACGAAUCUGGAGAACAAGAACCGCCUGCUGACGGCACCUCUGCUCCCGCCCAACGCCCAAAGCAUCCUUGGUGCGCGACGGAGCUCGGAGAGUGGAGGAAGCAGCGCCAGCCACAGCAGUGACCGCGGUAGCAGCAGCAACAGCAACAGCAACAGCAGCAGCAGCAGCAGAGGGAGUGCUAUCAGUAACGACGACCGAGCUCGAGCCAGGGCGUCAGAAGUGAAGCCACUGAAGCCCAAGGAACAUGAAAUGGGCACAGCACGAUACAGUGGGCGUUCACUGGCAGAGUGGGCUCAAGUUCUGCACGAGUGUCGCAGCUUCUACAGCAGACGGAAGCAGGAAGGUGUCCCAAGAGAUAGCCUGGUAGAGACGCCGACCAUGGGGGUGGAAACUUUCCGCUUGCACCUCAGCUACGUCGACCUCAGACAGCACACGAUUCACCUCUCCACCGCCCUCGUGAAGAACUACGGUCUUCUGCAGGGCCAGACUGUCGCCCUCUUCUCUCCCAACACGGUGUGGUACCCGUGCGCCAUGUUCGGUAUUCUGCGCGCGGGAGGCGUUGUGAGCGGUGCCUCGCCUGCGUAUAACGUUGAGGAAAUGACCUACGCCUUGAAGACCGCCGAGGCCAAAUUCCUGUUCACGGUACCGAGUUCCAUGGAGGUUGCCGCGGCGGCGGCCAAAAAUGCAGGAAUCCCGCAGAGCAGAGUGUUCUUGCUGGAGGGACAGCUGGAGGGAUUCACAACCAUGAAGGAAUUACUUGAGAUGGGCCGCUCACACGGAGAGGCAGGACAGGUCGAACAGUUCCGCCUCCCACCGGGCAAGAAGAAUAAGGACGUCUGCGGUUUCCUGUCUUUCAGCUCUGGCACCACUGGCUUGCCGAAAGCUGUCAUGAUCGCACACUCGAAUGUCAUCGCUCAGUGUCUCCAGAUCCAACAGAUCACGCCAGCUAGCCUACGACGCAUUCUUGCCGUAUUGCCGCUCUUCCACAUCACGGGUCUUGUGCACCAAAUGCAUCUACCCAUCCUCCUCAACGCCAACGUCUACAUGUUGCCAGCAUUCACCAUGGACGCCACGCUACAGACCGUCCAAGACUACAAACUCGAGGAAAUGCUCCUCGUUCCCCCUAUCAUUAUCCGCAUGGUCCGCGACGAAAAGACCCUCGCAAAGUACGACCUCAGCUCUCUACGACGCUUCAGUUCGGGCGCCGCUCCCUUGAGCGCGGAAAUCCUUGAGCUCCUCAAGAAACGCUUUCCCGGGACAGGUUUCAAGCAAGGCUACGGCAUGACAGAAUCCUGUUCGUGCAUCACCGCCCAUCCGCCAGAGAAGUACGACUUUAAAUACGCCUUCCGCGUGGGCACGAUCGUCGCGUCCACGGAGGUGAAGAUUGUCGACCCGGACACGGGACGGGAAUGUGGGCUGAAUGAACCGGGUGAGAUAUGGGCGCGAGGCCCACAGGUUGUUAUGGGCUAUCUCAACAACCCGCAGGCCACCAGGGAGACGUUUGACAAGGAUGGUUUCUUGCAUACUGGCGAUAUUGGGUGCAUUGAUGAAGAAGGGCUGAUCACCAUCACAGAUCGACUGAAGGAGAUGAUCAAAGUGAAAGGAAUCGGUGUUGCUCCUGCCGAGCUCGAAGACCUUCUCCUUGGGCAUGACGACGUCGAGGAUGUCGCCGUGCUUGGAAUUCCCGACGACUAUUCGGGCGAGCGGCCCAAGGCCUACAUCGUGCUCAAGCCAUCCAAGAGAUCUGGCGACCUGCAAGCGACGGGCAAAAAGCUCAUUAAAUACGUCCAGGACAAGAAAGUGCGGCAUAAAUGGGUCACCGAGAUUGAGUUUGUCGACGAAAUCCCCAAGAGCCCCAGUGGAAAGAUUCUCAGAAGGGUGCUACGGGACAUGGCCAAGAGCGGAAAUAAGGGUGUCGUUAUCAAGGAUGACAGAGAGAGAGCAAGACUAUAA